GAUUCAACUGCACCACUGCCCCUCCAAACUUGCGUCUCUUUUGCGACCUAUCUACCAGGACGAGGGGAAAAAGUUGCCGCACCGUUUCAUUCUCGCUGUUCCGACAUACGAAUCUUUCUCAUUGACGUUCUCGCGUGGUUUGCGACCUAAAGUGCUCAUCCCUCCAAACAGGCGAGAACGCACGCAGCGACUCGAUCAAGAUGGGAGACUUUCAAAGCAUCGCUCGUAUGUUUCCGGACCCCUGGCAAAUCGACAUGACCGACUGACUGACACACGCGGGUCAGAACAAUUCGUUGAUUUCUACUACAAGACCUUCGAUUCCGAUCGGACUCAAUUGGCUGCUCUUUACAGACCUAACUCGAUGUUGACCUUUGAGAAAGAGCCAUUUAUGGGAACAGAAAACGUCUUGGAGAAGCUCACUGGUCUUCCCUUUCAGAAAGUGCAGCACCGAGUCGACACAGUCGACGCGCAGCCAUCGAAUGAAUCCGGCGGCAUCUUGGUGUUGGUGACUGGAGCAUUAAUGGUCGACGAUCAGCAACAGCCGAUGAGCUACGUUCAGACAUUCAAUCUGCUCCAAGACUCUGGAAGUUACUAUGUUCAGAACGAUGUCUUUAGAUUGGUCUAUGCAGCAGGCUAGAUUAUCUUCAAGACUGGCAGCUAUCUGGGCAGUGGAGCUAGGAGGCUAUGGCAAGAUCGCAUAGCCCAGGUGAUGAGUGCAUAGCUGAAGGUGCAAAUUUCCAAAUCAUGCAAUGCCCGUCAAUGGCAGUGAGCAAUGAUGAGGCGAUGUUGAAGGGCUACCAGCCACGACAAGCACGCCGAAUGAGCCCAAGACCGGAGAGAGAGAAAUGAUCAAUGACAUAACAAAUACUGUUUGUUGUAGAAGAAAUUGUUGCCUAUAGUAAGCCGGAGGAGAGGGACGGCGUGGCUGAUUGCAUACUAUCUGCUUACCCACCUGAAGUCCUUUCCACUGUACAUAAGGUACGCAAGCAUUACCACUUUCAGCUCCAGGCUCCUAGGUAUCUCUGCCUGCCAAUCCCCCAAUCAGGUUGAGAUCAUAGAUCUUCGAAAUGCGUG